AUGGUCUCCAAGUACGUACUGGGUGUUGACUUUGGAAGCACUCAUGCAUGUGCCAGAGUUUACACUACGGAUCUUAAAGCCAUUGGAUCUAGCAGCACUAAAGUAUCCCGGAUUGAAGGGUCGGAUGGUUCAUGUGAAUUGGAUCCGGAGGCUGUAUGGGAUUGCUUAUGCAGACUACUGGAUAGUGCUGUACGAGACGCCAACAUUCGUCCUGACCAAAUCAAAUGCAUAGGCAUUUCAGUUCAGAGAAAUAGUUUAGUGCUUUGGGAUAAAAAGACAUCAAUCCCGCGAACGCGAAUUAUCACAUGGCAGGAUACACGUGCUUUAGACCUCGCUAAAAAAUGGAAUAACUCUUUUAUACUUCGUAGUAUGAAAGCUGCUGGUCAUCUGUUAUACUGGAUGACUCAUCGCUCAAGGUUCAAAGCAUUAGCGUCAUACCAUUUCAAAACAGCAUUAGCCUGUGUACGUCUUAAAUACUUACUAAAUGAAAGGCCAGAGCUUUUAGAUGAAUGCCGUAAAGGUUUACUCUGUUAUGGAUGUUUAGAAACAUGGUUGAUAUGGAAGCUUACAGGUGGAGAAACAUUUGCUACAGAUGUCAGCUGUGCAAGUGUUACCGGAAUGUAUGAUCCUUUCUCUCGUAAAUGGAGUCAUCCAAUUUUGGCCAGCUUAGGAAUACCUCCAAGCAUUCUUCCCGAUGUUUAUCCAUCCAGUUAUUAUUACGGAACUGUUCGACAUGGUCCUCUUGGAAAUUCAUCAAAUCCGUCAUUAGCUAUUCCAGUCACUGGUAUUAUUGGUGAUGCUCAAGCGGCCACAUUAACUGAGAAUUGUUUAUCUCCUUGUCAAGCUAAGAUUACUUUAGGCACUGGGAGCUUCUUGAAUUUAAAUUCUGGUUCUAAAGCUCUAGCCGUAGUGAAUGGCUUUUAUCCUGUUAUUGGAUGGGCAUCUGGUCAUGCAUAUAAUGAUGGUUUUCAAAGUUGUGAAACAAGUUCUGCCAAGAGUUCUUUUUCUUCAAUAUCUUCAUCAUCUUUACCGUCUACAUCAAAAUCUAUUCAACUUAAUAAUCUUACUUAUUUAGUUGAAUGUUUUCAUCCAAAUACCGGUACACUUAUUGAUUGGUUACAAUCAGAAGAAGUCUUCCUUAAAUAUUCAGACUUGGAGGAAAUGCUUUUAGAAGGUGAUCAUCUUGGUUUAGAUGAAAAAGCCACUCUUGAAAAUAUAUAUUAUAUCCCAUCACCAAUGGAUUCACUUAAACAACAAAAAAAUAUACUUUCGAAAGGACUAUUUAAAUCUAAUAAGAUAUCAAUUCAUGGACCAGGUGGCGUUAUUAUCGGCAUGGAUUGUUCAAAGUCUCGUGAUAGACUACUUAUUGCUCGUGUUGUAGUCGAGUCAAUUGCAUUCACUACGAGAUUUAUGCUGGAAAAUUGUCGUAAACAAACAGGUCUUUCUCCAUCAGUUGUCUAUGUAAACGGUAAUGUAGCCCGUUCAAACUGGCUGCUUCAACGCAUAUCAAAUGUAAUCGGGAUUCCAGUUGAACGUAGUGGUACUGAAGAAUGCAGUUGUGUAGGUGCAGCGAUCUCUGCAGGUGUUGGUGCAGGCAUAUGGUCGAGUUUUUCUGCAGCUAACGAAGCACUACACAAUCGACUCCGGUCAGAAUCAAAUAACUCCUUAUCUGUUGAUACAUAUCCUACAAAGGAUGAAAGUAAUGAAAUUGACAACCUGAAGAUGAAUCAUUCUAACCUCCGUAGACGUUUUAUACCUCAAUCAGCAGAAAUAUGUAAAUCUGUAAAACAACGUUAUCAAAUUUGGUCGCAUAUACGUGCUUCACAUCCGCAUAGAUUACCUUUGAUCAGAAAUGUGUAAAUAGAUGGAUGGAUGGAUGGGUAGAUGGGGAUAAUCAACUGGGGUCGUGAAAAUGAAAUAAAAAGUGUCAAUUUCGUAUUGACAGCUUCCUGUUAUUGUUGUUGUUUUUCUCCUCUCAUUUAUCUGUACAUGCUUAAGUCUGUAUUAUUCAACUGUAAUUUAUUCUUCUUUAUCAAACUUUUCAUUUAUCUGAGCUGUUAUCAAUUUAUGAACAAAUUGUCGUCCAGUUUACUGCCUACCUACCUAGCUAGGCAGGCAGUACAUUUCUUCCUUUUUCUACUAUUCAUAUUUGUGUCAAUACAACACAUAUGUCUGUAAGAAAAAAAAAGGAAUUUGAUUGCUACAGCUGGUAAAGUAGCUAGUACUUAUAUAUAUAUAUAUAUAUAUAUAUAUAUAUAUAUAUAUUCUUCAUUCUUAUUGUUUUUGACUUUAUUCCUUCGCUCAGCAUCAACACAUGAUGAAAUCAAUUUUCAAUCCUUUUUAUAUGCAAUUACACACAGAAUAAUAGUAGUAUUCUGUUGUCUGUCAUCAAAUUAUUCUCAUCUUAAACACAUGUUACUCCUAUCUAAGAGCGAGUGCUUAUCAGUUAUUACUAAAAAUGAAGACGAUGACCGGGGAGAGGGGUGGCGACGGGGUGACGGGCUAAUUUGAUUACAUGAACAACACACUGAACAUUCAUGCAGUUACCUUUGCUAAUCAUUAAAAGUGCCAAAGAUAAAAACAAAGAAGUGGACUGUAGUAAAGUGAUUGAUGUUCAUCACAACAUUUCUAGUACCUCCUGCUUACUUAAACCUCUCCUUCUAUCUUUAAAGUAUUAUGUAAUAUGCUUUUUUGUACUUUGUAUUAUUUAUGUGUAUAUAAGCAGUCUCUGUCUCUCUCCAUAUAUAUCCAAGUAAGCCUUUCCAAGAGAUGGUAUUAUACUGUGUCUUUCGCUUAACUACUGCUCAUUUAUCUCUUCUUUUUUUAUUAUUAUUCUGUGUAUGUAUAAUUCAAUAUUAAUUCCUAUUUUAUUUAUUCAAUUUUUCUAAAUAUGUCGCUGUUUUCAUAAAUCAUUUCCUUUAUGUAUGUUGUAAUUUUUUUUUUAUAAAUGAACUUUAUUACAUGAUAUCAUAUCACUUUUCGAAGUAUAUAAAAAUUUUUUCUCUUCAGUAGGGUGGUUUUUAUUUAUGUAUCUUAUUGUUUUUACAAGUUUUUUACGUGUUUUUUUUUCUGUUCACAUAUUCUAUAUGCGU